AUGGCAAACCAAAAACAAAAGGAACUUUUGAUGCACGUCAUUUACAAUCUUCAGUUGGAAGAUCCUCCUCCGCUGCAAAUAUAUUUUACAGGACCAGCUGGAUGUGGUAAAACAUUUGUUAUUAAAUUAUUAAUGGAAAUUUAUAAUCGAUAUUCUGAAAGUGAUGGGUUUUGUAAUGCUUAUAUCGCUUGUGCUUCUACUGGUAAAGCUGCUGUGGCUAUCAAUGGGACAACAGUACACACUGCACUGAAGAUAAGUCUUUCAAAGUUGCUUCCUUUAUCAAUUGAAGUAGCCCAACAAUAUAGAUCACUUUUUAAAUAUGUUCGUGUAUUGAUUAUCGAUGAAAUUAGUAUGAUUGGAGCCGAGUUGUUGUCCCAAAUAGAUUCAAGGUUAAAAGCAAAUCACCGGUAA